CUGGCACUGCGGCCUGCAGCCAGCGUCCAGGAAUUAUCCAGAAAUCCUAGCGAGCUGCGUAAUGUACGGUCGGAAGGGACGUUGCGGCUUCCACGAGCGCUGGGAGGCCACGGUCGGUACCGGUCGGACGCCACGCUGGUCAUGCAGCGGUCGAAGGAGUUCCAGGAGAAAGAUGCCCUCUCAGAACAUGAGCAGCAGAGGAUUGCCAGCAACGCUGAAGACGUAAGUGAGGUCGUCAGCGGACGUGAGACGGAGCUGCCACCUGUCGACGGGGGUUGGAGGGCUUGGACAUUCUGUUUUGCGGCCUUCUGGCUUGAGACCAUGGUCUGGGGGUUCGGAUAUUCCUACGGCGUCUUCCAAGAGUAUUACUCGACACAUGAAUUCCAAUCAGCCUCCAAUGUCGCUAUCUCCGCGGUAGGAACAGUGUCGUUGGCACUGACAUUCGGUUCAACGAUUCCACUAAUGUUAUACUUCCGUCGUUACCCCACCCUCAUUAAACCGACAAUGUGGGUUGGUCUCGUUGUCGCCGUCGCUGCGCUCGUAGUGUCCAGCUUCGCUAAUGCCAUAUGGCAGCUUAUCAUCCUGCAAGGCGUCAUCUACGGGUUGGCAGGCGGGAUGAUUUACAUCCCCAUCGUCUUCUGGCUGCCUCAGUGGUUCGUCAAGCACCGCGGCCUCGCCGGUGGGCUGGUCAUGGGCGGCUCCGGUAUCGGCGGCUUCGUAUUCCCACUCAUCCUGAACGCCCUCCUGUCACGUCUGGGGUUUCGUUGGACAUUACGCAUAUGGGCCCUGAUCAUGGCAGUGGUCGCUGGACCAGCCGUGCUGGCGGUUAACCCGCGUGUGCCCCUUCCGAAGCACGAGAAAGGCUCCCCUCGGCCGAGCGUGGUGCCCAAAGAGCUGCCAUUCUUCCGGGACGCCGCGUUCUGGAUGUUCUCGUGCGUGAACAUGCUCCAAGCACUCUCUUACUUUCCGGUCUCGCUCUACCUGACCGUGUUCACCACCUCUGUUGCGUCCUCGCUCUCCGCGACGGCCGUGCUGUCCGUGUUCAAUGUCGCGUGUAUCUUCGGACAGGUCGCGAUCGGCUAUCUGUGCGAUCGCCUGCCGUACCCGUGGAUCGCGUGCGCAAGCGCGUUCGGCAGCGCGCUCGUCGCGUUCCUUCUCUGGGGCUUCUCCUACAACCUCGGGCAGGUCUUUGGUUUUGCCGUCCUUUUCGGCGGUCUCAGUGGGGGCUUCGCCUCGGUGUGGCAACCCGCGGCGACGGACUGCGCGGGCAAGAAGGGCGAGCUGCAGCCGUACAUCUUCGGGCUGUUUGCGACCAUCAAGGGAGUCGCGGCUGUCAUCGGGCCCAUCAUCUCGGGCAUCCUGUACGAUGCGGGAAAGGGCACCGGCGCGCUCAGCGGCAAGUACGGGCGGUUCGGGUUCGGUAAAAUGGAGAUCUUCGUGGGCAGCCUCGCGAUGGCGACGAGCGUGGUGAGCAUUAUACUCGGGGUGGUAAGGGUGAAGUUUAAGAGGCCGGUGUAUUGAACUGGGUACAUACGAUGAGGAAGGUUUGGUGAUCGCGCUAGCGGUAGUUGUGGCGUUACAGUUGUAUGUCCGAGAUGUCAGCUUGCCUUAAUUCUAAUAUCGGACUAGACUGUUUUCCGUGAUUGUAGGUACUGUACUCUUAUUGGUAUUCACAUGUAUCAUCGCGUUGUUAGACUUGAAUGCUUACCUUGGUUGUAUU